AUGGGACUCCAGCUGAAGCGCUCAAUGUUUCUCCGACUCGCCCUCACCGAUCCAAAGCAAUUUUUGAGGCCGAGAUUUCUGCCCCUCUGGGCGCUUGGCCUCUCGCUAUGCGUGUAUCUAUUAAUGCCCAUACCUGUCAGGAGACAUCCGGUGCCCUUUGAAAGUCCCUACGACCAUGCGCCCUUUGAUCAGUUCCUGAUAUCGUCGUAUUAUUAUCCAAAUUCGAAAAGUCUUGGCCCCAACGCCGUGGCCCUGGUCCUCACCGGCCACAUCCACUCCGUCACCAUCGAACAGGUGGUGAUCAUGGGCUGGAACCAGACGGCCAACACGAUGCAGAUGCCGCGGAUGCAGAGGAUCACGCCUCACCACGUAUGCAAAUGGGUGUCCUACGAGAUUGUCACCAACACCCUGCCCAACAUGACGCAACUGGCGAUGGUGCUCGGCAAUCGAUACGAAGUGAUCCCGUUCCGAGAGCCCGUGUACGAGCGGCAUGAGGUUGUCACGUGCAUUGCGCCGCUUUUCGCAAAUGAGCAGUGGCAGUACGCCCUGUUCGCCGCCCACACCUAUAAAAGAUUCGGUACCUAUAUGCAUUUGUACGUGCGCAGCAUGGUGGCCCCGAUGUUUGAGAUGUUGAAGGAAUACGAAAAGGAGGGCUACCUCAAGAUCCAACCCUGGAUGCGCAUCAACUUGAAGACGGUCGACGAGGAACUGUUCAACCCGAACGUCCACAUCGAAUUCCGGAAUCAAGCGGCCGCGCAGACGGAUUGCUUGCUGCAGUAUAAGGAAUCCGCCUCUUAUAUCUCUUUCGUCGAUCUCGACGACAUUCUCAUCCCGCGCCUCGCCAACAACUACCUGAGCGAAUUCAACAUGAUGUUCGCCGCCAACCCGAUGGCCGCCUACGUGCACUACAGCAAGGAGAACGUGGCUGUGCGAGGGCAUAUCGCUUCAGAAGACUUCUCCCUCGCGCAAAUGUACUCUUCCAUCGAGUUCAAGCAGGUCAACGAAACCGGCAAAUUCGUCACCAAGCCAAGCCUGAUCAACUCCACGUGGAUCCACUGGCCGGUGUGGAUGCCGCCAGGGAUGCGGGGCCAUAACGUCCCGCACCACAUGAAUGCGAUCACGCAUCUGAAGUUGAUGGAGCCGGAGAUGAAGCUGCCUAGCAAGGAGAUCCGAACCCCGCUUUUCGAGCCGGUCGCCGGCAUGGGCAACGAGUCGCACCCGUUGCUGACCAAGGAGGAUAUUCAAUGGAUGCAGGCCGACCUGGAGCGCAUGCUAGCCAAACCGGCAAUAGCGGCCAUCACUACAUCGCACUCUUUCCGGUUUCACUACUCUGGGCGGCACGACAAAAUCACGUGCCCCGGGCCGGAUAGAUGCAAGUUCCCCGAAAACCCGGGGAUCCUGUGCGCCAACUCGGACGGCGACUACUUUUCGACAAGCGGCAACCAGCGCUUCAACAUCCAUUACGUCACCAAUCAGCAUUUUCGGGGCUCGUGCAAAUCGCCGAACGGCUGGUGCCUCUACCGCCAGGAGUCUGGCAGCUUCGAGUGCGACGAGCAGGCCAUAUGCCCGCGGCUGCUUGGGAAAAAUCAGACGAACGCGUGCACGACGACGAAGGGGCAGAAUACGAUCUGUUGCUGCUCCCACGCCUUCCGCGAGUGUCAUGAUCCGUGGUGCUAUACCCUAUUUACGCACAAGCGCGACGGCGGCGCGCUGCACAUGGAAUUCGGGUGCCAGUCGCGGCAACUCGUCAAGCACGACGUUUUCCGGGAGCAGUAUCGGAAAUUCGGCAACAACACGGCCUGGAAGCGGAUCGAAGCCCAGUAUCAUCAGCCAAGGAGCCCGUCACUAGACGCCGCCGAAUUGGCCCGAAUUCGAAGGGAAAUGAAUGUCAGCAAGGAUCGUAGCCUGCUCAAAAGCGUUCUCUUUCUGCUCACAGUGAUGCUCUGGGAU